AUGGAUGUGAUGGGGCCAGCCUCUGAUGCUGAGCAUUCUGCACAUGCAGAGCGAAAGGAGGUUGACUUGUUGGUCACUUUUGAUCCCGAAACGAGCCCGGUAUGCUCCUAUAGCUUGUCACUCGCUCGCAAAUGGCUUAUCGUGAUAAUUAUUUGUACGGCAACUGUAUGCGUGACCUGCACCAGCUCCAUUUACACAACAACAUAUGCUCAAAUGGAUGCGGAGUUCAACACCAGCCGCCUGCUCUCAACUAUCGGGCUCUCGGUAUUCGUCCUCGGCAUUUCUAUGGGGCCGUUGCUCACGAGCCCUCUGAGUGAAUGGUUUGGCCGAAAGCCCAUUUACCUGGUUGCUUGGUCAUUUUUCAUCGUUUGGAACAUCCCACCUGCCGUUGCACGAAAUAUUCAAACAAUAAUUAUUGCUCGAUUCUUCACUGGGUUCACUGGUGGCACUUUCUUGGCCGUUGCGGGCGGCACUGUGAGAGAUCUUUUCUCGGAUCACAGCAUUCAGAAACCGAUGGCACUUGUUUCGGCAGCACCUUUCAUCGGCCCUUGUUUCGGUCCUUUGAUCGGUGGCUUCAUUAACUUCAACACUCAUUGGAGGUGGACAUACUAUUUUGUGAUCAUUUGGUCGGUUGUUCUGCUUGUGUUGAUAUCAGUCUUCACGCCAGAAACUUACCAUCCAGCCAAGCUACAAUCCGCAGCUAAGAAACUUCGCAAAAGGACUGGAAAUAAUCGAUAUCAGGCUGCUGUGAAUCACGGCAACCAAAGCAAAGGACGAAUGCUUCUUAUCUCCCUUCUACGGCCAUUCCAGCUCCUCUUCUUGGAACCCAUGUGUCUUUGCUUGAGUCUUUACUCGGCUCUUCUUUUAGGAAUUCUGUACCUCUUCUUUGGUGCUUUCCCGCUCGUCUUCCAAACACAAUAUGGCAUGAAUCUUUGGCAAAUCGGUCUAACAUUCUUGGGAAUUAUCAUUGGAAUGAUUGCCGCGGCAUUAAGUACACCAGUGUGGAUCAAGGUCCGCCAGCAUCUGUUGAAUAAGUCAAAAGAAGGGGCUGGAGUGCGAUGUCCGGAAUACCGGCUGCCUCCAGCUAUACUGGGUGGGUUCUUGACUCCAAUCGGACUAUUUUGGUUUGGCUGGACGACUCGACCCGACAUUCAUUGGAUUGUACCUAUUUUGGGCUCUGGGGUUUUUGGAUUGGGAAAUCUGUUGACUUUCAUGGGGAUCUUCACAUUUCUUGUAAGUCAAUAUGUUGGAGUUACAACUUGUUCUUCCUGGAUUUCAAAGCAGGGGCAGUCUCAACUGACACAAAUAAUCCCAAAACAGGUUGAUGCCUAUCCACAGUAUGCUGCAUCUGCACUCGCCGCUAAUGGAUUUGCAAGAAGUUCAUUUGCUGCCGCCUUCCCUCUUUUUGGUAUUCAGUUAUACCAGGGUCUCGGGUAUCAAUGGGCAACUAGUCUGCUCGCAUUCUUGACAGUUGCGAUGAUGCCAUUUCCGUGCAUCUUUUUCAUUUAUGGAAAAGCCAUUCGAGGAAAGAGCAGAUUUGCAACUGCCAGCUGA